AUGCCUGCCAGUAUUCGCGUGCGAACCGGAUGCCGGGAUGUUUCCUGGGGAUGCCCAGGACGUCCCUCUGGAGCUGGCGCGGUGGGCGACACACUCGGCGGCGGCGGCGGCGGCGGCGGGACCCGCGGAAUAUCCGCGCUGACGUCAGCGGGUGCGCGGCGUGCGCGUAUAAGAGGGGGCGUCGCGACGCCGGGCCAGUCAGAUUCCAUGAUGAGAGCGCCGGUGGCAGUGGUGUGCGUGGCGCUUCUGGCGGCGGCGACCGCCGCGACGCGGCCCUUUGUGCUCACAGCCGACGACCUGCAGCACGCGCUACAGCACGGUCGUGUUCGGCGCGGGUUGAUCGGCAGCUUCUUGGGCAAGCUGGCCGGCGGCGGGAGCGGCUCCAACGCCAACUCAGGCUCCUUUAGCAUCGGCGGCUCCCUCCCCUUCGGCAUCUCCGGCGGCAUCUCCACGUCGCACUCCAACGCCCACGCUGGCGGCGGCGGCGGCGGUGGCGGAAGCGCCAGCGCUAACGCUAACUCCAACGCCGCCGGCUUCGGCGGCGGAGGCGGAGGCCCGGGCUUCGGCUACGGGCCGGGUUACGGCUACAACGGCGGCGGUGGCGGCGGCGCUAAUGCCGGCGCUAGCGCCAACGCCAACGCCAACGCGGUGGGAGGCGGAGGUGGCGGCGGCUACCAGCCGGGCUUCGUGGGCGGCGGCGGCGGCGGCGGUUUAGUGGGCGGAGGAGGCCAAGGCGGCGGCGGCGGCGGCGGCUACGGAGGCGGAAACGUUGGCGUCGGCGGAGGUGCUCCCAUUAUCGUGGUCGUCCCGGCCAAAGGGCCCCCGCCUCACGGGCACGCCCACGGCCACUGGAAGAAGCCUCACCACGGAGGAUUCGAAGGCCAAGGAGGGUUCGGAGGGCAAGGAGGAUACGGAGGAGGCGGCGGUGGCAACUUCGGACUCCACGGCGGUGGUGGCGGCGGCGGCGGAGGUGGUGCAGGCGCCGGCGCCAACAGCCAGGCUUCUGCGAGUGCCAACGCCAACGCCAACGGUGGCGGUCUCGUCGGAGGCGGCGGCGGCGGAUACAACGGUGGUGGUGGCAAUGGACAAUUCGGCGCCGGCGGUGGAGGCGGUGGUUUAGGCGGCGGCGCCAACUUCGGCGCUGGAGGUGGUGGUCAUGGCGGCCACGGAGGUGGUGGAGGUGGCAACCUGGCGUUCGGAGGCGCCGGAGGUGGCGGCGGCGGUGCUGUGUUAUUGCAGGCUGUGUUCGGCGCGGGCUCGCCUUGCCUCCAUGGAGAGCUCACGCGGUGCCCGCUGCAGCAAACUCAUACCAAAGCUUCUUGGGAGCAAGCUGGCCGGCACCAUGCCCGGCCGCCCUGA